GUGUUGUGUCAUGUGUACAAUUUUUGUUGUGAAAUUCGCGUUCCUUGUUAAAUAGAUUUACUGUAGAAAUAAAGUAGUUGUUAAAAUUGUAGAUAUUAUUUUUAAUAACGUUAUGCGAUUGUUUAACGUGAAUAAUAAUUAUAGCCAUUUUAAUAUCAGUCUACUUUGUUCCUGUGAUCUGCCUCUACAGAGCCUCUAAAGAUAUUGCACGCGCCUUCAAUGCUACCUCCCGCCCGUAGUCUGUAACCAUCACUGCCAACUAUUCCGCCCUAUUGCGUGCUUGAUGACGCCAUGCUAGAUUUAAUCCAGACCACUUGCAAGGAAGCCCAAGCGAAGGCAUUUCAGAGCUGCUGGACCACGUGACAUCGGGACGUCACAAUGAGUCAGUCCCCGGACGAAGCGAGAGCGAGGAUUCAAAAGUACAAGGAGGAACGAAGGAAUCAGCUCAUAGCGAGGACGGCCACUUUGUUUUCGGCCAAUGUCACUGAAAGGCGCCCCAGGAAAGCAGUUCAGAAAUCUCCAGAGAUUGCCAGACAACUACACUCUUCCUCUGAGUUGAAUCUGAACACUGCUUCAACCUCUGUGCCUAUCAGAACCACUCGAACUUCCCGUCUCCGAGCUGCCGCUGCCAGUAAUGUAGAGUCUUCACCGAAAAAGAAUAAUAGAAGUUCCUCCGUGCAGUCGCUCUUAGAAGAUGAUAAUUCAAAAUUUAAAGAUAAAAAGCGACCAUUGACCAACAGACGACAGAGUCAUGAAAAAGAAAAUAUUAAAAACAUUUCGACUACAUCUAAAGAUGGUGCUAUUAGAAUGAAACAUUCCACUAAUAAAAAUAUUUUAGAAAAAGACAAAAGCUAUUUAUUAGUAUGUACUCCUAAAGGAAGAAAUGUUGACGUGAAAUAUAAUUCUAAAAUAGUUACAACGACUAGUAAAUUAGUGACUGACGUAGUUAGUAUUAAAGAAGACGAGGGAAGCGUGGAUGAUGUUAUCAACAAUAUACUUGGUGAUAACACUCCAAACAGUUUAGACAAAGAUAAUUUUGAAGAGUUGUAUAAAGAUCUCGUUGAAGAUUCGAAUGGUGAUGAGGAAGUUUUAAUUGAUAAUAGAAAGCUCAAAUAUAGUAAUAAAAGUAACAUUCCUAUAGUGAAAGAUGAUUUAGACGUAAUUGUAAAAUGUAAUGGUGAUGUGCCAAAAGUGAAGGAAGUGGGUUUGUUGGGAGCAGUGUGUAUUCGUAAAGUAGAAAAAUUUAGUGAACUGUUUCAUAAUUUAUGUGCACCCUGUGAAGCUGAUGUUUUAUUUGAAGAUUUACUUGUGGAUAAUGGGAUUGACACUAAAAGUGAUUCGCGGGCGAAGGAGCCGGAAUGCACUCCGCCGUGCCGCCGCGCGCAACUGCCCCGGAUUACCAGCACACCGAAGGCAGUGCUGGAGUCGCCCAAAGCCAAUGGAGAUGGAAUCGCCACCAAGACAAGAAAUCGCCGGUCCCUCGAAUCAGCUAUCCCCAAGACUGAAACCUCUAUACUGUCAUCCAAAAGAUCAUCUAAAAGUACUUUUAAUUUAACUUUUGGUGUUAAGUCAGUAGCGAACACAUUGCCAAAUACCACUGCCCCCGUUAAAAGCCCCGAAAGAAGACGUAGUUCUGAAUCUGGUACGAAGCCGAGCUUCAUACCCGUGUCUAAAAGAACUCCAGAUAAAAGCAAUCGAGCAUCUACUUCACCUAUUAAGCAAAGUCACUCGAAAGAACCAUUAACGAAAAUCGAUAGUGGCCAGACAAAACCGAGAAACGAACGACUGAGAAAUAGAUCGACCCGUAAAAGUCCUGAAAAAACCAAGAGUGAUUCUGAAGCAUGUCGUAAGGAAAAACUACAUGGAGCUCAAAAGAAUUAUGAUAGUUGUAACGAAAAAACACAUAAUUCGAAAAAAAGACUGACUAGUUUAGAUAAACCUUCGAGUGAGACGAGUGAUGCGAAAAGUACGUCUCAUAAAGUUCUCUUAAACAAUAAUUCGCCUGCGAACCGUAAAGUAAGUAGUUGUAAAAAAGUUUUAGACAAAUCUACAGAAGCUGGAACUAUGUCAACACUCCAUGAAACUUUAAGGCCACAUACACGUUCUAGAUUAUCCCAAGAUAUGGAUAGAGUAGCCGCAAUCACGAAACAAACAUUAGAUAGGGUUAACAAAUUGUCGAAUAAUUUAAACAGCAACAAGUCAAACGCAGAUUCACACGAUUUACAAAACUCUCAUCGCUCAUUUAUCUCAGAAGAACAACGAAGUAAUAAUAAUAAUCAUACAUAUAAUUAUGGUCUUCUUCAAGAUAGGUCAUUCCCAAAUAGAGAUGUAACCGAAAGACUACAAGAUAUAGAUGCAGCAGCUCAGAGACUAAUCGACUUUGAAAAGCAAAGAGCAAUACUUUCUGAUCUCAAUAAUGAUUCAUCUAGUCAAAAUCGCCGUCUAGAUAAUUCAUCAAUAUCUCAUCAUACACCUGUAUCUAUAUUAAAGAGGAAGUCCAUUCACGAAGAUACAACUACUACUAGCACCCCUAAUAAUUCUGUUGCUUCGCCGCCUGUCACUUUCUCACCUAACGUCGUAGAGCCACGUAGUUGUCGAUCUGAAAGUAGACAACGACAAGGAAUUCUUAAAAAACGUCGAAGUUUAGAUGAGUCCCAAGUCGCCAGACGUAGAUCUUGUAGCCCAGAGGUAUCGUUUGCCGAUGACGGCUCUUCAGAUACAUGUAAGCCAAUACUGAAAAAUAGACGAUCCUCUCUGGAAGAUGUCGUCCGAACUCGUUCCCCAGACGGACAAAUUCAUGGUAUUUUAAAGCGGAAAAUGAGCAGAGAAGACGACAAUAUCAUUGAUGACAUUUCUCAGAGUUCUCCAGAACCACAUGGAAUUUUAAAACGAAAGUCCAAUUCUAGUUCCAGUAGUAGUACUACUUCAUCUCACGUGUCAAUCGCUCAAGCCGUGCUGCUGGCAGCUGCGGGUGGCGCAGAGAUUAUAGAACGUGAGGAUGACAAGGAGACUGUGAGACCGAUUCUUAAGAAAAAGAGUUUUUCCGAAGAGAGACCUUGCCUUGAUAUUAUGCCAUUAGAUACACCGAAACCGAUAUUAAAAAAGAAAUCCAUAGAACACGACGAUCACGACUUUGAGCGUCCAAAGAAGCCAAUUUUGAAGUCAUAUAAACGGCUUUCUGGUGAUGAAGGGCACGCUUCUAGUUUCGAUUUGAGCGAAGACGACAGAAGCUCCCGCAGGUCCUCGUUGCUUAGAUCACGAACAUCGGAUCAAUCAGGUUCAGAAUGUGAAGCGACAGUUAAGCCAAUAUUAAAGCAGAGAGGUUCAAGUCUCACUAGGGAACGCAGCCAAUCCCCGCGCCCACGGCUGUCGUUUUGCGCUGACACAGAUGCUAGCACUAGUGCGACUAAUUUCAGUUGCGAACCGAACGACUCACUAGCGGCUGGACCGCGGCGAGUCUUGAAUCAUUCGUCAUCCCCAGAUGAAAGUUAUCCUAGUGCGGUUAUACGCCGGCGAAAUUUACGACCCAAAACGAAUCCACGAUCAAUGAGUCUCGUUUGUGACGUCAACGAAGAGUUAUUGUCUAUUCUUAACAAUCGCAGACGCCAAGUUGAUACGAACUUAGAAAACGGUCCCGACUGGGAUCGAAACGAAACUUCAAACGAAAAUAGACCGAAACAGUUCCCAUCGAUUGCAUCGAGAAUUAAAGAUAUGGAGCAGGCUCUCACAAAAGAUAAUUUUCUUAGAGAUCCUUCGAAGCCGAAGAGUAGAGACAGCGAUCGUUACAAGACACAACCUGUCACUAUUGACGAGCUGCGAUCAAUAACAUCCAAUUUGGAGCCGGGCCAACAGAGUUUCCAAGCGUUCGGCACCGCUGCCUGUAGUUUUCCGACCAGUUCCGUCGAGUCCGGUGCUCCAUCCUCGUCCAGGGAUCCCUAUGUGGAAGAACCUGAGCGUGAUCCUUUUAAGGACUUAAAAUCGCCCCCCCUUAACUCCUGUUCCACAGCAAACUUUCCAGUUCUCAACGGCCCUGAGAUAGCCAGUCCCAAAAACGAUAGCUAUGGAGAGGCGUUGUUAUUAGAUUUCGAGAAAGUUUCUGAGGAUGUUGAAGGCCACCAAACGUUGGAUGAAAUAGAGCAAGAGGUGAACAAGGUCCGCGUAGCGUUGGAUGAAGAUAGCCGGGCUUUGGAAGAAGACGAGAGGAACCAGGGUGACGCUGACAACUGGAGUCUCAACGUUUCUUGUGAUAGUGGAGUGUAUAAUCGCGCUUCAUCUCGAGAUUCAGGCCCUCAUUCUGGUGAGGAAUUGGGGCUGAUAGAGAGUCAAGAAAUAAAAGAAAACCAGGAAGUUAACAGUAGCCAAGAUUGGUCAUCGUCAUCCAUUGAGCAAGGCCUUCUUAACAUGAAUCGUGAGAGGAAAUCCACAGAGAAUGAGGCUCUACGCAGUCUCGAAAGCAGAAGUGAUGAUGAAAGCGAGCCUUCCGGGUUUGCUCUGGGCCUGGUCAAGAGUAACAGCGUUGUCGCUCGAGCUAGUAUGUGGCAACAAUUGCAACAGAAGGCCAAAGGAACGCCGAAACCACUGCUCCGCCACAGUCGGUCGAAGAUCAAUGACGGUACAUCUGUUAUGGAACGCUUCAGAACCCAGAGUAUCGACUUGCAAUCGCCUCCUUCACCUCCAAAAGACACGCAGGAAAGCUUCUCUCUCACUCAGUCUAAAAGCACCGCCAACGUGCUAGACAGAGACGAAGAUGCUAAGUUAGACGACGAUGAUCCAGCCAAAAUGUCACUUAUGGAGAAAAUGAAGAUGUUUAACUCGAAAUUAACACACAAACCGCCCCUGGCUGGUCUGAAACCCAGAGAGGAAAGAGUUCUCAGAGCAUCCAGGCUCCGAACGAUGCCUGUUUUGGCCAGCCAAGUCCAAGAAGCUAUGGAGCAGAAUGAAAGACUGACAAAGUCUCUCACGCACGAAGACGUCCCUCGUAAUACAGAUUUUCAACUUAAGAUGGAGUUGUUCCGUUCGGCGAGCGCUAAAAACACGUCGUUAGAGUAUCUCAAGCAAAACGCGAAGUUUCGAAGUUUAGACCUAGACGACGAUUCGCCGUCUGAGCGUGCGCAACGUAUGAUAACACCAGAAGUGAGAGGAAUUUUGAAGUCCGGAUCUACCGUUGUCCCCAAGCCAAAAGUACUCGCUAAGGGAGAAAGCUCUGAGGGUCUAAAAGACGAAGGUAUAGACAGCUCAGAUGACGAAUCAUCCGCAUCCUCGGUAUCAUCAUCGGAAAAAAGCUGUUCAUCAUCAGAUACCUCCGAGGAACUACCUGAACCGAAACGUCGCUUCCAAAGGAAAAACAAGCUCAGGUCUUCAAGAACCGAAUCCGAUUUAACGAACUACCAAGACCCUAGAAAAGUUCAGUUACCAGGAGCCGAUGAGUUACAGGAGCGUUUGACUCAGGCUAAGAAUGCCAACGUGAAGGUUCCCUUACUCGGAAAAUUGGGAAGGAAACCCUCAGAAACGAAAACAGAUGAAACCUAUAAGAGGUUUGUGAAGAAGCUGGAUGAGCCGAUACAGUUGGGAAAAUUGAGGAGGCCAGUGGAAAAGGCGAUGGAGGGAAAGCCGCCGGUCUUGCAAAUCACAGCCCUAAAUCAAACGGCGAAGAAUAAGUUCUUUGGCAUUGAUGACAAAGAGAGAAACGUUGAUGAAUUAGCCGCUAGAGUUAGGAAAUAUAUCGCGCCGGUGAGCAAAUCUGUGUCCGUACACGCCAUGGAAGGCGCGUCCGGAAGUGAUGGUGAGAGCAGUGGUGGACGGGAAGUGAGGCAGAUCAACACUCGAUCACGACACAGAUUCGGCGGUGGAGUGCAACGUAGCGCCACACAUGCCGAAAUGCCGCACCGUGGAGGCACCAUCGCUGAAAGGCUGGCUGCGCUUCAAGCGGCUGGAGCGAAUGACUGGCGAGCGAGAGUCUGCCGUUUGAGUCCCGAGAGGGAUGAUUCCAAGGCGAUAGAGAGAGCUAAAAAUAGGAUUAAUGAGACGCUUAACUCAGCAGUGGACGACAAGAAGAAAGUUCAAAUUGAUGAAAACGAACUAGGAUCGAAUAUCCUUGCUGACCGACGGAAUAAAUUAGAAACCGCUGCGCAGGGAUGGAGGAAACGCGUGCCACAAAGCGAUGCGACGAUGUUUACAGUGGCAGGCCGGCUAGAGCGAGACAAAGUGACGCCACCAGUCACACCUCCGCCCUUAAACACGCCGCCCGCUACAACUCCUUCCACGCCUGUUGUUACCCCAGCAGUGCCACCACCUAACAGAUUCAGAUCUCGCAAAGCACCAACAUCUCCCACCAAUGGGUUUGCAUCAGGACCUCUCCGAUCUGCAUCUUGUGCGGUUAUGACUGCAGUGGUUGAUGCUAAGCCAAAGGAGACACCGAAGCCAGACCGCGAGUCCUUCAAAAGAAGUCAUUCGGUCAGCGAAAAUAUCAGUCGGGAUGAAAAAGAAGAACUAUCGCCCGGCGCAGAGAAACCAGGAUGUCCCGUUCACGUACCACGUGCUGAUGAUGAGACCUUCCACGCAUUCUUCGCGCCUCUACAGCAGCAGGAGAAACAAUUUGAACAGCUGGAUAUAGAUCUCGAUGCUAUUGAUAGUGCUUCAAGACAGCUGUUGUCUAGCGAAUACGCACGUCGCGCGAAACGUGAACGUCGUCACGUGGCGUCUCGUAACCCGCUAAAGGCUCUCGCGGCUCGAACCGACUUGAGACAGGAGUAUCGCGCUCUCUCGCUCACCACUCGGGACGCGCUAUUUAAAGAGAAAGUGACAGGAAACUGUGGGCUGGCUGCCGAAGCUUUAGCGGCUCUUGCCAGUAAGGAAGACUUCUCAAAUGUGGCGUUACGUAGUGCUUCAGCCACAAAUGUUCCAAAUCAGGGCAUCAAAGCUUUGAUGCUGUUACAUGUUAAGGGCAGACGGCGAGUUCAGACUCGCCUCGUGGAGCCCAUCCAUACAAACGUAAACCGCGGUGAUUGCUUCCUUCUUGUGACGUCUGACCAGCUCUUUCUCUACAUUGGUCUCUACGCUAAUGUCAUUGAGAAAAACCGAAGCACAGAUAUUGCCAACCACAUUCUUAACACAAAGGAUCUCGGAUGUAAAAGCGCCAACUCAUUCAUAAAAAUCGAUGAACAAACCAAAGUAUUCUCAAACAAACAUUGGAGCCAAUUUUGGUCCCUCCUCGGAGUCACCGAAGGCAUCGAAGAGUACAAACCGGUAGAAGCAGGUGAUCCAGAUGAAGAUGAGAUUUUCGAAUCCUGUAUUGUCCAAACGAACAUGUGCUACGAAGUCAUGGAUGAUGAACUGGUGCCCAUCAAGGAGUAUUGGGGCCAAGUACCAAAGAUUGCCAUGUUGAAUCAGUCGAAAGUCUUAGUAUUCGAUUUCGGCUCAGAAAUGUACAUUUGGUACGGGAAAAAUGUACCCCUAGAAAGCCGACGCCAAGCGGCACAAUUAGCUAAAGAAUUGUACGAAGACGGGUACAACUACGAGGAAUGCCACGUUAACCCCUUAAACGCUGCCGAGUCACAAGGAGAAAGAAAAGAAAUUAACACUUUAUCAAAAUCCUCUAAAACUCGACCCGAGUGGGCGAUAAUGUCCAAAGUCACGCAACACAUGGAAACUAUUCUUUUCAAAGAAAAAUUCCUCGACUGGCCCGACUUCAGCCGAGUUAUCAAAAUCAAGCCUCAAGAGAAUAAAUCCAAUGGCGUCGAGAUCACUCCGUGUGAUGCCGAGGAAAUGUGGUCCAACGAGUACCAAGAUCCAGAUCUCAUUCUAGAAGGAUCUCACAUCGGUCGCGGAACACAUUACUACGACAAAGAGUCGAUGCGGCAUUACGAAAUUAAAACGCAGGCCGUUUGCAAGUGGCUCAUACAGGAGUACGACUAUCAAACCGUCGAAAACGAGGCCGACGUCGCUGAGUUUUACUCUGGAGACUCUUACAUCAUCAAAUGGGACUAUCAGAUCACGGUUUCCGGCCGAGAAUUGAAUGGAAAACCGUCGAAACACAACUUAACUGGCCGAGACCGAUGCGCCUACUUCUGCUGGCAGGGAAAAGACGCGUCAUCGAACGAAAAGGGCGCUGCAGCACUUCUUACCGUCGAAUUAGACAAGGGAAAAGGUCCGCAAGUGCGAGUUGCCCAGGGAACCGAACCGCCAGCGUUCUUGAACCUCUUCCAAGGAAACCUGGUGGUACACCAGGGGAAACGGGACACGGACAAAAGUAGAUACCGCCUGUACGUCACAAGAGGAAAUGUCACCAACGAAGCGUAUUUGCUGCAAGUGCCCUGUUCGGUUCGGCAGUUGAGAAGUCGGGGAUCGCUCGUGUUAGUCGACACGCAAAAGUCGUGUGUCUACAUUUGGCACGGCUCGAGAAGCUUGAAGCAUACAAAGCAGGUGGCCGUUGAUUUAGCCAAUAAAUUGGUUUCACGGAAUUCCAAAAGCCUCUUUGGGGAUCAAAGUGCCAAGGUCUUGGAGAUCAAGGAAGGAGAGGAACCGAAGGAGGUGUUGGAAGCUCUCGGUGUUGCCAACAAGCAGUAUUAUAACUCGGUGUUAAGUGCGGGUAAAGAGGCAGGCGGUGAUGUCACUCCAAGGUUGUUCCAUUUCACGGAUUUGAGUGGACAAUUUGAGGCCAACGAAGUUCUGUCUCCCUUACGUCAUGAAAGCCUGCUCACUUCCUUCCCGUUUGAACAGAGGGAAUUGUACUCUGCUUCACAGCCUGCUUUAUUCCUGUUGGACGACGGCAAGUCCGUGUGGGUGUGGCAAGGGUGGUGGCCGCGAGGGGAAGAUGGAGACAUCGAAGUCGAGAGAAAUAAUGGCGUAGGAGCAUUCGCAGGGCGUUGGAUGUCACUAAGAGCGGCCGCGCUUAGAACAGCUGAUGCCUACUGGACAGUCUCCCGACGGACUAGACCCGACGUACAAGUUGUCAUCGCGGGACUCGAACCUGAUACCUUUACAGCGCUUUUCGACACCUGGGAGGAGCACGAUGAAGCCGCUGAUGCUAACAUAGCGCGCGGGUACAAGGCAGGCGAGGCUGUGAGUGCAAGUGUGGAGUUAUCUCGGGUGACGGCCAGUACCUGCGUACUUCCGCUAGCCGCACUACAGCGACGCCCACUUCCGGAUCUAGUAGACCCCCACCAUUUGGAAAGGCAUCUUUCGUCCCCACACUUCAUGGAGGCUUUCGGAAUGACCAAAGAAGAGUUCGCAUCGCUCCCCGCGUGGAAGCAGACAAACAUGAAGAAAGACCUGGGUCUGUUUUGACCCACUCGGUUGUUUUACCGCGUUACGACUUUUAUACAAGCAGCUAUUUCGUACUUUUUAUACUCGGGAUUUGAUACAAUUAAUCUUAAGCACGCUUUAAAUUUUAUAGCAACGGUUAAGAAUUUUAGCGUCGUUUUUUACUAACCGAAUGUAACUAUGUAUUCGUUCAAGUGAUAUUUGUAUUUUACCCUGCGCGCGCGCAAUUGAGGAUUUGCAACGGAAUUGUUGAGUGUUUGUCGCAUCCAUACAAUUAUUUUGUAUAUAAUUAGAUUUUUUAUUUUUAAUGUUCCUCAGUUUCCGAUAUAUUUUAAUGCAGUUUGUAUAAUUUUUGUAUUAUAUUUAGUUUUUUAGAUGUUUUCGGCGUUUUGUAUGGAUAUGACAAAUGAAAGUGAUAUAUUUUGUAAAUUACAAUGUUUUUGAAUGUUUUUUGGACAAUUCAAAAAUUGUGUAAUGUUCAUAGGGUGUGGUAUGUAUGGAAACAAACACUUAUAUACGCUUAGAUGUAGUUUUUUAAUGCUGUGAGGUUAGAAUAUUUGCAGAAAUAACAAUAAUAACAUUUAUUUUCCAAUUUCAAUUAAAACAAAUUUAUAUUAACCACAAUAGUCCUGCCUUUCGAUUCUUAAAAUUUUUUGUCGACUUUACUAAAACUUUCGCUGAUGUUCUAACUUUCAGUACAUGUUCAAUACAUCACAUAUCUAAUUAUUAGCUACCCUUUACAAGGCCUUAGGUGGACCAUUUGUUGAAGUUUGUAAUUCAUAGACUUGAUAUCACCAACGUAGACAUAGUACUGACACAAAAUGCCCUGCGACAGUUCUUUACAAUCGAAUAUUUCGAUUGAUUUGUCUUUAGGCCCGCUUGCAAGUUUAGCGAGAAAUAUUUAUUUUUGUAAUUUAGUACUAACUUUCCAUUUUGUAUCCGAGCGGUGAACGCCGACGAAUAUGAUCCAUUUUUAACUCUCCACUGUGAGUUUGGCAAAGUAAAACGCUAAUAAACAAAUCUUAGUGUGUUUGGUGGUUCGCGGCAAACCAAUAUUGCAUAUAAUUGAACCAAAAAAAAAAAAUAUACUUCGUCAAAUUCACUGUAGAGCUUCUGUUAACGUACUUAUUAAUUAUCGAAUGCAUUUACGGCCAGCACUGUGACAAUGUAUUUCUCAAAAGGUUUAAUUUGCUUUGGUUGUGUUACUUAUUAUUGUAUUGAGAUUUAUUUUGUAUAAUAAUGUAAUAAAUGCUAAAAUUUAA